UUCGCCCCUGGCUUUAAUCUGGCCAGAGUGAGCAAAACGACCCAAACACUGGUUUUGCGUCCUAGCCAUUUGCUUCAGCAUGAUGGAGCAAUAUCAAGUCUAUGGUGGAGGUGCUGCUGCUGGAGCGCAGUGCAACUUGCCACCGCCGCCCCCUCCACCACCGCCGCAGCCGGGUAUGGUGCAAGCCAAUGCACAAGGAGUGUAUGAGAAUGUGGAGGUCCAGCAGUUUUUGCAAAACUAUCCAGAGACUGAAGUGGACGCGCCACCGGAUUCAAGGCCACGCAUCUCUGAGCCUGCGAAAUUCCUGGUGCCUGACACCACCUUGAACAUGAUGCCUUCAAUGGCGGGAGAUCUUUUGAUGUCACUCAGUGAGGGCGGACUCCAGUACCUCUUGGCGGGGGCAAGAGCCAACGUGGGUGUGAAAAGUGGUAGCCGCUACAUGUUCGAGGUCCGGGUUUGCGAGUGCCCCAGACAAGAAGAUUCUGUGCAACCACAGGUGAAGCCUCCGAUGCCGCGAAAUCUGCUACGGAUUGGAUUUGGCACUUCCACUUCGGCUUUGCUGCUGGGAGACUCCGAGGAUAGCAUUUCCUUCGACUCCGAGGGCAACUUUGUCUUCAAUCGGAGGCGGACGCAGUGCACGCAGCGGUUAGUAAGCGGGGUGGCAAUAGCGGUGUUGCUGAACUUGACGGAUGAUGGUCCGGACGCCAACACCAUGUCCCUUUUCCGGGAAGGAGAGCGCAUCUCAAGGCCUCAACCGAUUCCCGAGAUCCUGAAAGGGAAGCCGCUUUUUCCAAUGAUCACAUUCAAGAACCUGACGGUGCAGGUCAAUUUUGGACCACUGCCCUUGGCCGAGCUGCCGUUCAAAUGCCGCAUGAUCAAUGAUGCAUCAGAAGAAGAUGUUGCCCGGAUCAAGUAUCGAGUGCCUUCUGACGGACGACCAGAGGUUCUCUUCCCGGUGUUUCUUCCGGGAGAAGGAACAUUCCACUGGCUGGACUGGUUUUUGGCGGAGCGUCCAGAAUUCACGGAGAUCAGCGACCGGAAAAUCGUGGACUGGUGCACGAAGAGCGGCAUCAAGCGCGCCUGGAGAGAUGCUACCAGGCAUUCCAAUGACAAGCCAGAGAUGAACUUUGGCAUUUACGCAUUGGAUGAUGGCUCCACCAAACGGACGCUGCUUCAGGCUGCAGGGUUGCAGAACCGAAGCAUUGUGGUGAUGGAGGUUCAAGGGAACCUCUCUAAAGAAGAGCGCGCGCAAGCACUAAAAGUCUUGGCCACGCCUGGGCUGAAGCACAAUGCCAAGGUGCUUGUGGGUGAGCCUUCUCCAGACUACAGGCAGCAUGUGAAAGAAGUUCUAUUGAAGGAGAAGCAAGUGCGGCUGGACAAGGCCUUCUAUGGCCAUCGCUACGACCCGGCCUAUGUCGUGCAAUACCAAGCCGAAGCCAAGCGCCGGAAGAUCCUGAGGGAAGCGGAGGAGCGGGAAGCAAAGGCCCGAGCAGACGCAGAGGCCAAGGAUCGCGCUGCAGCAGAAGCCGCUUUGAACGAUGGCAAGGAUGGCAAGGCUGAGGCCGAAAAGAAAGACGGUGAGAAGGAUGCGAAGAUGGACGGUCAACCAGUGGAUGGCAAGGCGGAUGGCAAGGUCGAUGGAAAUCACGAGGCUCCGAAAGUGGAGGACGUCUCGACAGUCAACGUUUUUGUGGACUUCGAUGAGACCUUGGGAGAUCCACCAGUGGCCGAGCUCACUGAGCAAGAGCAAGGCAUUUGGUUCCGCCGCGAUCAUGUUCCUGACGUCUCACCCUUCGUGAUGGGGAACUGUUUGGCCAACUUGAGCCUGCCGACCACCGCAGAAGGCUUCGCGGAGGUGACCUAUGCGUGGCGCAAUGAAGCUGAGUCCAGCGACUACAUGAGGAAGUGGGUGAAGGACAAGAAGAUUGACACCAGACUAGAGGACUUGGAACCUUCCAACUGGUUCAAGGAGAGGUGGCAAGUUUGGCAGACGGAGCUGCAGACCUGGCAGAGAAAGCAGGUGGAGUACAGAGAGAAAGAGCAGAUGAAGGCUAUGCAGCAGAACCAGAUGGGCCAGAUGAAUCAGCAGACGAACAAGCAGAGCAUCACCAAUGGCGAAACUGGUGAAGGCGACAAACAGGAGAAGGAGGAAGAAGAUCCGGACAUGAAGGAUGCAAUGGAAGAUUGCACCGAUGUGCUGCAACAGAUUAGAGAGGAGAUCGAGCUUCAAGACACUGACGUCUUCAGCGUCGAAGACAUUUGUGACGCUGGUGAUGGCAAACCACUCUUCGCAGCUUUCAACUUGGAGGACUGGGCCAUGUUGAGCCUGCGCGUGGAAAUGAAUAUGCUGAUCCAUGCCUUCAAAAAUGACUGCGGAGAUCCUGAUCGAACAGGCAUCCACCCUGAGUUCAUUCCAUUUUACUUUGGUCGGUACUACAGACGGAACUUCAGCCCGAAGUUCUACGGGGUGAACACCAUGGAAGAGCUCAUCAGUCUCAUCGACGACACCUUGGUCCUAUGCGGCCGCGUGGUCGAGAGCCAGGUCUCGGUGGAGUUGGAGACCAACGAGGUCUUUGUGGCGUUGACUGAAGAUGCACGGCGAAUCAGGCAGCGAAAGCUGAACUCUGGGGACAUGAGUGCCAACCUUCAGAUCAACAUCCCACAAGACGGCCAGUGUUGUCAGGGACAGAUGUAUGGCAACAUGCAGCAGAUGUAUGGCCAAGGCUACGGUCAAUGUGGCUACAACAACAUGGGAGGCUGCUGCAAUAUGGGAUGCGGCUACAACAACAUGGGCGGUUGCUGCAACAAUAUGGGCUGCAUGGACGGCUGGGGCAACAACAUGUGCGGGAUGCACAACAACAUGGAAGGCUGCGGCGGCUGCGGCUGUGGCUGCGGGUGUGGCUGUGGCUGUGGCAACAACAUGUGCAACGCCGGCUGCUGUGGAGACGCCUCCAUGGGCUGUGCCAACGCUGGGUGCGCCGGAUGCUGCGAAGGCAAAAGCGAAGGCCAAGCGUCGCAGCAGAUGCUUCAAGAGCAGCAGAUGCAGCAACAACAGCAGAUGCAGAUGCAGCAGCAACAGCAACAGCAAAUGCAGCAGCAACAACUGCAGCAGCAGCAGAUGCAGCAGCAACAACUGCAGCAGCAACAGAUGCAGCAACAGCAGCAGCAACAGCAACUUCAACAGCAGCAGCUGCAGCAGCAACAGAUGCAACAACAACAGUACCAACAGCAGCAACUCUACCAACAACAGCAACAGCAACAGCAGUUGCAGCAGCAGCAGCAGCAGCAACAGCAGCAAAUGCAGCAACAACAAUACCAACAGCAACUCUACCAGCAGCAGCUCCAACAGCAACAAUACCAACAACAGCAAUUGCAACAGCAACAGAUGCAACAGCAACAGAUGCAACAGCAGCAGAUGCAACAACAGCAGUAUCAGCAGAUGCAGUAUCAACAACAGCUGCAGCAGCAGCAACAACAGCAACAGCAAAUGCAGUAUCAGCAGCAACAGCAGCAGGCUUACCAGCAGCAGAUGUAUCAGCAGCAGAUGGCUGGCGCGCAAGGUCAGGCCUAUUGAGACAAUGCGGCAUGGAGCGAGUGAGGGCUGAUCGUGGACGGUGGCAAAAUGUGCGCAAAAAAAGAGAGAAGAUAGGGGCAAGGACG